UCCCUGUUCUUUUGUUGUUGUUCCUGUUGUCAGUAGUCAUAUGUAAGGUUAUGUGAGAUAAUAAAGUUUAUUUAUGUUUUUGUUAGUUUUAGAAUGUCAUCUAAUAUAAAAAAAAUUAAGGGUUUAAACAAUAAGAAAUCUGUUAUUAAAAUCUACGACGAUAAAUUAAGUCAGGAACUGGCAGAUAUAAUACAAGAGAUUACUCAUACUGGAGAGAAAACAUUACCACCUACUGAUUUGAAGAAACUUAAAACUAUUUGCAAGCAAUCAGACAAAUAUGUAAAAGAAGCUUAUGAUCUCCUAACCAAACACUUAGAAGAGAAGCAUGCAGAGGUCCGACUAAGCGCCUUUCAAAUAUGUGAUGAAAUAUUCAGACGGUCUCAUUGUUUCCGAGAUCAACUCAUCCUUAAUUUGGAGACAGUAGUGAAACUAACAGCUGGGAAGGACUUGCCACCUCCUGUUCAUGUGGCUCAACAGCUGAAGCGUUUUGCUCUCACUACUAUUCAUGAAUGGAACACAAUAUAUGGAAAGCAAUACAAGAAACUAGCUAUUGGAUUCAACUAUCUACGUCAAGUUGAAAAGAUUGAUUUCACUGCUUUGAACUUAUUGGACACAGCUACCAGUGCAAAACAGCAAGAACUCAAAAGGCGGCAAGAAGCUAUCAAUAGGGAAAGAAUAAAAAAGGUGUUAGUAGAAUUUAAAGAGAAGGAGGCAGAUAUAAUAGCAACACUUACUUCAUUGUCGAACUCCAUCAACCUAUUACUACCUCACCCGGAUGAUUUCUUUAUCACGGAUAAUGAUGACCGAAAUGAUGCUGAGCCUCUGCCAACCACAUCACAUGGUGAGAGCCAGACUGGAGGCGGUGACUCUGAUGACAAUUCGCAAGAUGUGAGCUUUCGGGAAGUUGGAAUGAUCAACACUAAACAUUCUAUACAGCUACACCUCAUGCCUUGUUCAGAAGCAUGUGUGGUUGAGACUCCUGAAAAUGCUAUAAUAAUAGAAAAUGCUCAAGAAUAUGCAAGGCUGAUUAGCACCAAAUACCUGCCAUCAGUAAAAGCCUGGUUGGAGGUGCUCUCCAAAUCACCAGAAGAAGGAGAGGAUCAGAGAAGAUUGAUUGAAUUGAGAGGGGAGCUGGAAGAUGUGAUGUUUAAAUAUGGACGGAUGACAUUCAAAUAUGCAGACUACGUGUCAUCAGACUCGGAGCUUGAGGAAGUUCCCGAUGUCCAAACGGAUAAAUUGACCACAGUAUUUAACAUUGAGGAUCCCUCCACAUGGAGUAUUGUUUCCAAGGAAGAAGCAGUUGGAGAUCCCACUUCUCUACAGACCAGGUUAGCUAGUGCCAAGAAGUCUGAGAAUGAUCCUGGACCAUCCACAUCCACUGGAAGCCAGUCCGUGUCAGAUCGUAAGCAAAAGUUGUUGGCUUUGGCUCCCAAACUGCCGUUUGACGUGGAUCUCUAUCACUGGGAAGAUGAUAAAUUGCCUGUUCCAACUAUGAUUCCAAAUAGUACCGAAGGACACAGAUUCUGGCUGGGGUCAGAAAGUUGCAUGGAUGAACUACCAGUGCCUGAAGGCUCUGCUGCACUCCGAACCAGAGUGAUAGAGUUUACUGGCAACUUCUCACCAGUCUCUCAUAGCUGCAGGGUGCGUUUGCCUAGUGGCAAAUUGUGCCCUCGUCGUGACAGGCUUAAGUGCCCAUUUCAUGGUGAAAUUGUUCCUCGGGAUGAAAAUGGUGUAUGUAUUGAUCCAAAAGAUGCAAUGAGAAUACAAAAACUUCAAGAAAAACGACAGCAAGAGAAACCUGAUUGGCAAGAUCCAAAACUGUUGGCAGAAAUUAAGAGAACUACAGGGAUAGAUUUGAAAAUGCCUGAAAAGGGUAAAAGAAAAAAGAGAAAAAAAGAGUAUCCUGGGCUAACAGAUUUGAAAAAAAUUGAAAAUACGGUGACAAAAAGAUUGGAAAGUAAGAUUUUCAAAAAAUCUGUGAUGAGAAAAGUUUCUUCUGCAAUGGAUAGAAUAGAUCAACGGAAAUUUCAAGACAAGUAUGGAGACCAGUUUCAAUAUUUUUAUAACUCAUAGUGUUGUGCAAGAUUUUAUUUGGCUUGCCAUGAUGGAUAAAUUAUCCUGACAAACUGCUAAGCAAUGAUGGUAGCAUGAAAAAUAGUUCCAUGUUUUCAAAUUUAGUGUUUUCAUUUGGUAUUAGUGUGGAAAAGUGUUAAUAUAUGUAAUUAUAUUUAUUUAUAUUAAUUGAACUUGCUAAUAAUCUAAUUAAUUUAUUAUAUUAGUAUUAUAAUAAACAAUAUGGUUUUGUUUUUUAUUAUGCUUUUGCAUACAAGCAAAACUUAUAAGCAGAACUAUCGUUGAUGUUUUCAACUCCUCUAUGAUGUUUUCAUAAUAUUUUAAUGUUUUAUUUUGAAUUGUAUUUUCAGUUUACUAAAAAGCAUGAUUAGUAAUAAUAAAAAAAGAAAAUGAAUAAGACCUGAACUGGAAAAGACAAAGAGGAAAUUAUAAGUUUGUAAAUUACAAGUCAAAAUCUGCGAUUGACAUAGGACAGAGCAAUGAAAACAAUUACUGAAAUAUACAGAGUGAGAGCUUAUAAUAAAACCUGUAUGCUACAAAAAAAACCUUUAUUCAAAAUAAAAUUAGAAAAUAAUUAACAAUGAAAUAAAAAAUUCCAAAAUCUCUGACAAAGAAUUAACUCAUAAAGGAGAGUUAGUUGUUUUACAGAAAAUCAAAGACUACGGGUGAAUUUUUUUUCUUGAAUAUUUUAUAAAUUUAGUAAGCAAAAUUCUAAUUUCAAAUUCACCAAUUAGUAAUUGUAUAUUAUCACAUGAAACCAAUAGCACGAUAUAGCAUGAUAGCAUUGAUAGCAUGAUAUAUCAAAUCUGGGGACAAAGAAAAUUACAUAUUCAUUUCCUAAUAAUACUCAGCUGGACAUGAUGAAAUCCCAAUGCCAGUUAUUAAAUAAUCUGUAAGUUACCUUAUUAAAUCAUUAACACAUGUCA